CCUCCCCCACCUCCCCGUCCUUGUGCUCUGCCAGCUUGUACGGCAUGCGGCCAUGUCGCAUGCCGGACCCCGGUCACCCCACCACCCCGGUCCCCUCCGCCCAUUUCAAGUUUGAAUCUCACGGUCAGGACCGUCGCCUUCCUCCAACUCCCUCUCAGGUCUGUUAUUCUCCGGCCGCCGUUCCGCCUCGGCCGAAAUCUAUCCUCAAGAACUAGCCACCUCCCCCCCUUUCGCACAAGUGAUGAAGGCAGGAACACCAGAGGGAUUCACCGAUUUGCUCCUCAGCUCGUUCCCCAGAAUGUCGCAGCAAAAUCAUGAGCCAAACUGGGACUGGUUCCCAACAAAUGCCAGUCGGGAUGCCGAAUCGAGCGCACACACUUCGCCGACCAUGCUGAGAUCGAAUUCAAGCGGCUGUGGAUCAGAUCCAGUGCCCUGCAGAUCCGGAAAUGAUGAAGACUGCAGCAAAAAUUCGGUGUUCGACCUCGACGAGUCUCCCCGUUCCGAGGAAGCAGACCUGUCAGCUCCAGAGUUGCAGCAACAAUCCCAAAUCCGGGAUGAUUUGCCAAUCCAGACGGCAUGCUAUUCCCCUGCAUCCAAUCGCACUUUGAAGAGGAGGUUCCGCCGAGGAGAAAUUCCUGAUUCAAGGGAACCAAGUUCAGGAAAGAAGAGUGCACUAGAAAUAGCCAUGAGGAAGUCAAAUGAGAGAAGCUCUGAAGCUGUCACAGCACCAGUGAUAGGGAUGGAGUUCGAUUCAUUACCUGAAGCCUACGACUUUUAUAAUCUGUACUCAUGGGAGAUUGGAUUCGGCAUUAGAUACGGGCCGUCAAGAAAGAACCCCUCAAAGAGCAAAAUUCUGCAGGACAUAACUUGUGGCUGUCAGGUAAUACAGACAAAGUCUAAUCAUCACUCAUUAUAAUGCUGCAGAUUCCAC